CAUCCUCCUCAACCCGAUCAGUCGCCGCAAUGGAGUCCUCCAAAGUCCCCGUCAAGCUCGUGAAAGUGACCCGAGUCCUCGGCCGAACCGGGUCUCGUGGAGGUGUUACGCAGGUGCGCGUCGAGUUUAUGGAUGACCAGACCCGUUCCAUCAUUCGCAAUGUCAAAGGCCCUGUUCGUGAGGAUGACAUUCUGUGCCUUCUUGAAUCAGAGCGCGAAGCUAGACGCCUCAGAUAA